AGUUGAGUAGCCAUAACCGUGUAACUGCAGACAAACUCUGUUUGCUUGUUUUCAUAUCAUAGCAUAUCAGAUGCAUUUUACACACGCGCUCCUUCUAACGCGUGUGAUUCUCCACCAUUUUUUGAUACUGAAAAAUAACGUGAACUACUCGUACAAGUUUCUCUCUCUCUCUCUUUCUCUUUCUCUAUCGAACGAAACAAAACGAACCAAUAACAACGAUGAACAAGAUGAAGUUGUUUCUCUGAGAGUAGCUUUGGAUUCAUUCAUUCAUUCAUUCAAAACUCACUCAUUCAUCAUUCAUUCCUCAUUUUCUCAAUUCUCAAGUCAAGGGCUAUUCCCCUACGGGUUUUAUCAGUUAGAAAUGGAUUUUGAAGAGAAGUUUCUUGCUAAAGUUUCUGGUGUUCGAAGCCUUUCUUCCAGUGUGCAUAGUACUCCUGAAAAAAAUGGCCAUUCAGAUGAUGCUUCAAGAAGUUCAGAACACUUUCAGGAGUUCAUGAAAUAUGGUCCAAAGAAGGAACUUCUUCAAACGUGCUUUGAUAAGGACAAAAAGAACAUGUCUUCAAAAAACAGGAUGACUGAAGCCAAGUCAUGUGGUAAGAUAAUUAAGAAACAAGACACAAAAAAGGUUUCUAGUCUUAAUCGUCAGCCCUCAAAAAAGCAAAAUCGGAAGAGUGAAAACCCCAUCCGACUUGUACCUCCUCCUAACCAGGCUUCUGAUUUUGGACAUCCGAGCACUUGGAUCUGUAAAAAUGCUGCUUGUAGGGCGGUUCUAUCAGUGGAUGACACAUUUUGUAGACGGUGUUCUUGCUGUAUCUGUCACCUUUUUGAUGAUAACAAGGAUCCUAGUCUUUGGUUAGUAUGCACAUCUGAAUCUACUCAAGGGGACUCCUGUGAGUUGUCUUGCCACAUCGAAUGUGCCCUUCAACAUGAAAAAGUGGGAGUUGUUGAUCAUGGGCAACUGAUGCAACUGGAUGGUGGUUAUUGUUGUGCAUCCUGUGGUAAAGUUACUGGGAUACUUGGAUGCUGGAAGAAACAACUGAAUAUUGCAAAAGAUGCCCGGCGUGUAGAUGUACUCUGUUAUAGAAUAUAUUUGAGCUACAGGCUCCUGAAUGGAACUUCAAAAUUUAAAGACCUGCAUCAAAUUGUACAGGAGGCAAAGGCUAAACUGGAGACAGAAGUUGGUCCUCUUGAUGGAGUUUCUGCCAAAAUGGCCCGGGGCAUUGUCAGCAGACUCUCUAUUGCCAGCGAUGUGCAGAGAUUCUGCACUCUUGCUAUUGAGAAAGCUGACAGCUGGCUGGCCAUUGUUCCAAAUUUAAAUUCAGAGGGUUCACUUCCUGCUGCUUGCAAAUUUGUUUUUGAAGAGGUAACAGAUUCUUCUGUCAAAAUCAUUUUAAUUGAAAUGUCAAAUAUAUGUUCUGAGGACAUCAAGGGGUACAAGCUUUGGUAUUACAAGAGUUGGGAUGAACCACCCACAAAGGAUCCUGUUUCUGUAUUUCCCAAAUCUCAGAGGAGGAUUUUGAUAUCCGACCUUCAACCUUGCACAGAAUAUACUUUUCGGAUUAUAUCUUACACUGCCAUGGGUGACCUGGGUCAUUCUGAGGCUAAGUGUUUCACUGAGAGCAUCGAGAUAAUUCAAAACAAUCCCUCUAAGUCAGUUGCUUCAAAUCAUAAAAAACAGAACCCUCAAACCGGUGGCAAUUCUUCUGGCUCCAAGAUGGAGCUCAAUCCCACAAUGGCAGGUCCCAGAUUUAAGGUUCGAGACCUUGGGAAAGUUUUGCGCGUUGCUUGGGCUCAAGAACGUGGUUACUUUGAGGAGUUGUGCUGUGCUGAUAUGAAAAAUUGCUGUGGACAAGGCAAAAUGAACAAGCCCAAAAUUCCAGAAAGGCUGUUGCCUUCAGAUUCACGAGGCCUUGAUUUAAAUGUUGUUUCAGUCCCUGAUUUGAAUGAAGACCUAACACCUCCUUUUGAGUCUUCCAGGGAUGAAGGUAAUGGUUGCACUUUACUGCAGGCUGUUGAGGCAGAUGAUGAUGCUGUUUCUCAUGAUCUACAGGAAAACGAUAAAGCAAGGUCACAUAGGAGUGGCGACUCACAAACCUGGGCUCAUGGGCCAAGAGAAGUCUCAGCUGUUGACUCUCGUGUAAAUGCAGGCAGGAAAAGGGUUGCGAGCACAAAUGAAGAGGCACAUGAGUGUGAUAGUACUUUGAUAAAUGGUUCUCCUUUACGUAUAUCUGGUGGUUCCCAUUUCUUGGAUGAAAACUUCGAGUAUUGUGUGAAGGUUAUCCGUUGGCUAGAGUGUGAGGGCCACAUCAAACAGGAAUUUAGGUUGAAAUUGCUAACAUGGUUUAGUUUGAGAUCGACGGAGCAGGAACGCAGGGUUGUAAAUACCUUCAUUCAAACUCUUAUGGAUGAUCCAAGUAGUUUGGCAGGGCAACUGGUUGACUCUUUCUCUGAUAUUGUAUCCAGCAAGAAGAGGCCAAGAAAUGGACUCAAUAGUAAAGCUGGAGCAUCAAAAUAAGGGUGAUCCUAUUAUAAAGUUUGUUAUUUACCAUUCACCCUUCUGUGAUGAAAAAUUGCCCUCAGAUUGUUUCGCCUUCCCUGUACAGGCAUUUUUUUUGAAAAUUUAUCACCCAUCAAAGGGAUUCAUUUUAUUGCAUUGCAGACAGGUUUAAUCUUUGCUCAAGGAUUUGCAUUGAUGAUGCAGAAAAAGAAACUCAUUUUUCCCGGGAGGGAGGAUCAUCGAACGAAAAGUUUCGGGAUUGCUAUUUAGUAAAUUCCUGUAAUUAUUUUCAGUAUGAAUUUAUUCACCGAUGAUAUUAGCAUUGAAUCCUUCUUUUCAUAACUUUUAUUUGAAAAGGCUACAUCAUAUAAUCCUUGAUUUUAUUCAA